CGACGAGAACAAACCGUACUCAGCCUGGGUCCGGCCAAGACAGCGUCGAGUCCUGGGUGGAUAUGGAGAAUAUAUGAGAAUGCCGAUUAAUCCAUCCACCGGAGUACUUCACACUCUCGUUCUUUCCCCGGGGUGCUUUCUUGAACCUUCUUUGUCCCUGAUUUCCUUCCCCAUAUUUUGUGGAUCAGGGACGAGAACAAACCGUACCUGGCUUGGAUCCGGCCAGGACAGGGCCGAGUCCUAGGUGAUAUGGAGAAUAUAUGAGAAUACUUAUUACUCCAUCCUCCGGAGUACUUUAUACUCACUCUUUCCCCCCAAUGCUUUCUUGAUUCCAUCUUUUCCUUGAAUUCCAUCUUUUCCUUGAAUCCCUUCUUUGUCCCUGAUUUCCUGAUUUCCUUCUUUGUCCUCAUACCGUCAAGAUGUGGACAACAACAUGCGGCAUGUCGGGGCGGGUGCUCCGGGUGUCUAUUACCUUCGCGGCCGUCAUGGGAUUCUCGCUCUUUGGCUACAAUCAGGGUAUGAUGUCAGGCAUCAUCGCUGGCGACGAGUUUACGAAGUCAUUUGGCGCCCUCGCCAUGCCCGAGAAUCCUACGGACUCGGAAGACCGACACGUAAACGUCCUCCGCGGUGCUGUCACGGCCUGUUACGAGAUUGGCUGUUUCUUCGGCGCCCUGUUCUCAAUGUUCUACGGUGACAAGAUUGGCCGCACUCGGUUGAUCCUUGCUGGUUCCAUUGUUCUGUUGGUCGGUGCCGUGAUUUCGACGGCUGCCUUUGGCGAUAAGUGGGGUCUCGGUCAGUUCGUCAUCGGCCGUGUUAUUUCGGGCGUUGGAAACGGCAUUAACACGGCCACGAUCCCCGUCUGGCAGGCGGAAUGCUCUGGCGCUCAUAAUCGCGGUUUCCUCGUCUGUUUCGAAGGUGCGGUUAUCGCUAUUGGCACCUUCGUCGCCUACUGGGUGGUCUUUGGUCUCUCCUACGUCUCAGACACCGUCCAGUGGCGAUUCCCCAUAGCGCUCCAGGUUUUCUUCGCUCUGAUCGUGGCCGCCGGUGCCCUCAUGCUCCCGGAUUCCCCUCGGUGGUUUGUGAAGAGAGGACUUGACAAAGAGGCCUGCUACGUUCUGGCUAAGCUCAAGGACACCACACCGGACUCCGAUGCCGUCCUUACCGACUUCAAUUUCAUGAAGGCAGACGUGGAAGCCUCGAAGGCCUCAAAGGUGGGCUUGAAGGCGAUAUUCACGUUUGGCAAGACCCAGGAAUUCCAGCGCAUCCUUGUCGGUUGCUCCGGCCAGUUCUUCCAGCAGUUCACCGGCUGCAACGCCGCCAUCUACUACUCGACGCUGCUUUUCGAGCAAAACCUGGGUCUGGAACGCCGGCUGGCUUUGAUCCUGGGUGGUGUCUUCGCCACCGUCUACGCCCUCGCUACCAUCCCGUCCUUCUUUAUGAUUGAGAAGGUUGGCCGUCGCAAGCUGUACUUGAUUGGUUUCCUUGGUCAGGGGCUCAGCUUUCUUAUCACAUUCGCUUGCUUGAUCAAUCCGACCAAGGAGAACUCCAAGGGUGCUAUCGUUGGGAUCUUCCUUUUCAUCACUUUCUUCGCCUUCACCCUCUUGCCGCUACCCUGGAUCUACCCGCCGGAGAUCAAUCCGGUCCGCACCCGUACAGUGGGCGCCGCGGCGUCGACUUGCACCAACUGGAUCUGCAACUUCGCCGUGGUCAUGUUCACACCGGUUUUCGCUGCCUCGAGCGGAUGGGGAGUUUAUCUCUUCUUCGCACUGAUUAACUUUAGCGCUAUCCCAUUCGCCUGGUUCUUCUACGUGGAGACGGCUGGUCGUGAGCUCGAGGAGAUCGACAUCGUCUACGCCAAGGCCCAUGUCGAAGGGAAGUGGCCGUACAUGGUCGCCGACGACAUGUCCAAGCUCGAUUUAGAGCAGAUCACCCAGCAAUCUCGAGAGCUGGGCUUGGAUACCAGUGAUCCUUCCGAACCUGAGAAGAACGAGCUCGGCCUCAGCAGCGAAGAUAGCAAGGAGGCCCCGAAACAGCUGUAGCUGCAUAUUUUACACCGAAAAAUAAAGGCCAUGUCGGGUCAGGUCGUUGGCCUGACUCGGUCGUUGAUGCGCCUAUCUCCUCACAACGUGGA